AUGACCGAGUACACCAGCAAUUCCGAGGCUAUCCGAGAGUACAUGUCCGCGCGGGAGCGGACAGCGCAAUGGAUUCAUGCUCACUCGCCGACUGGUACGGUGCCCACCUUUAUGACACCAUCGUACCCCCCGUCCAUGAACAGCGACUCUGACGCGCCUAGCUAUGGUCCGAGUGACUCAGACGAGAGCAGUCAUUCCCUGCCGCCACGUAUGGUGCUGCGGUACAACGAUGGUCGUCCCGACAUACCCAUAGCGACCGAUUACAACCCUCACAGCGGCACAUACUCGAGGCCAGCGCCGAAGAUGCGCAGCGCGGAGCCCCGCGCAACCCCUACACAUAGACGAUCCAAGUCAGGACCGUACGCACAGCCAGCUCAGCAUGGCCCAUCGCACGUACCGUCCCGUCACGCUCAGUCCCUUUCUUAUGCUAGCCAACCGGUCGUCGAGCCCCGCGCCAUGCCAGAGCCGCCUCGCUCGCCAGAGAGCAUCGUCAUCCUUCCCUCGCGUGAAUCGAGCCAGAACACGCAGUCCACUAGCCAGACUGCUCAUAGCCAGCCCCCUGUCAAUGCGCCUCAGCCCCGUUAUCCUUCGUCGACGUACGACGCGGCAUUGCAGGUUCCUCUGCCGCCGUCAACUAUCUCGCAAAUCCCGCAGCAGCACAGUCGGUUUGGCACUGCUUCACGCCAUUCUUCACACCCUUCACAACACGGCAUCGUGUCACCUUCACCGCGGCGUGCUUUCGAUCCGUCGCAAAUCCCUCUCCCGGCGAGCUCGCCGCCUAUCUCGCACUCUCAUUCACAGCCCCUCCCUGCGCCGGCUCCGCGUGCGGCGACAUCGUUCGCGCCACAUCCGCCAUCAACGCGCGUGCAGUCCCAGCUCCCAUACACCUACUCGCCUCCCGCGAUCAUCUACGCGCCCUCGUCGAAGCACUCGAGAUCCCACUAUGCGCCACCGGCGAUCGUGUACUCGCCCUCGGCGACUCAUCACGCCCCGUCCCGCCAUGCCCCGUCUAUGACAUACAGCCAUUCUGCACCUCUGCCGCAGGGUGCGCCACACCAGCGCGCGGGUUCGUCCGUGUACCAUUCGGCACAGGGAUCAAUGCGCUCCCGUCGCCCUGGAACUACGAUCCCGGAGGAGGAGCCGCGCAUGGCUGGCCGCUAUGAUCGGAGCGUCGAGCGAGACCGUGGUCGUAGCCGCAGCCGUGGCCGCAGCGUGCCUCGCACCCGCACGCCCGCCGAAAGCGUUAUGUACAUUAACGAUCAUGAGCUCCCUCCGGGCGCGCCACGUGCUCAGACACCCUCCGACUCUUUCGACGACGAAGAUGAUCGUAGGACACAAGCCUCCGGGAGUACUUAUUAUGUCUUGCCUACUCCGGGGCAGAAAGUCAGGCUUAUCGUCCCCGACUCGAGGUCGAUCUACACCGCGACGUCAACCACAAAGUCCGGGCACUCUCCCCAAUCCGCGCACUCGGGUCCGAAGAAAGCCUUCUUCCAGCGCAUCUUUAGCAUCCCCAAGCUGUCGGGCUCCUCCUCGAGCUCGGAUGGACCGGGUAAGAGGAUCAGCCGGAGGCAUACCAUUGGAGGUGCUCAUAUGCAGGGAAGGAUGGGCCUCCCUCCGCGGUAA